GGCUAUAGAUUUUUUAGAUCCAUUGGCUUUAUCCUUCUCCUUCAUCCCAUGUUGACAGCUUCUGGUGCACCGCGGGAUAGCGAGAGACCCAAGAUGCUUUCCAGAGAGCAGCUCCUCCAUCUCUUCUCCCGCUUUGCUUUUCUCACUUCCCAACCCGAUGUAAAGAAGCAAAUCGCAGAUGCCGUCAAAGAUAAGCAGGGGAAAAUUCAAGAAGGAGGCUUACCUGAUUUUGAAAAACAAGUCCUCUUACUCAGCAAUCACUACUCAACAGUCACACAAACUGAAUCUGCAAAGUGCAAACAGAAAAAAAAUUAUCAACAGAGUUGCUAUCAGACUGUCACAUGAAGAAGAAAAGCAGAAACUCUUUAAACAUGAGGCAGUUGCUGUAACCACGACCCUCCAGGAGGAGAUUCUCCUGGAAAUGGGAAUUGAUCCAAGAUUUGGGAUUGCUUGCUUGGGAAAGGUGAAUUCAGUAUAUGAGAACGAUAGAGACUUAAUGAUCCAGUUUUAUAGAUUUGUUGCAAAGGAGGAAAUGGCCAUUGAUGAAGCUGAGCUCGAGGCUAACGAGUUUGCGGAGAAGAUGGACAAUCAGCAAAAAAUGCAAGAGCAGCAAUUGGAAAUGCUGAAGUAUAUCCGGAAGUUUCACCCAGAUGACCAAUCUGCAGUUCUUGAAAGUGAUAUCCGGACGAAGGAGAUUAUUGGGCGUGGUUCUAAACGAGGAUUGUAUCAUUUGGAUGACAUGGCUACAGGAAGGACUCAUUACUCUACAAGUUUGAAAGCUAACUCGAGAAAUCGGGUAUGGAUGUGGCAUAGACGAUUAGGUCAUCCUUCUUUCGGGUAUCUUAAGAAACUUUAUCCUAGUCUUUUUUCUGGUUGUGAGAAUGAGGAUUUGAAUUGUGAAACUUGCAUUAGAGCAAAGAGUCACCGUGUAUCCUUUCCUAGAAGUCCAAAUAAAAGUACAAUUCCAUUUGCUUUAAUACAUUCUGAUGUUGGGGUCCAUACCCAGUAAACUCUUCAAAUGGAAAUCGAUGGUUUGUACUGUU